AUUUCUUAACCUAUGAAUAGUAUGAAAAUAAUCCAGUUCUGUAUAUUUUUAUAGAUAUAUUAUUUAUUGUGAAAUUAUCUAUCACAACAAAAUGCCGCAAAAUUCAAGAAAACGUAAACAUGAGCCUGAAAGUGAAGUGAAUGUGCCUAAGCAGAAACAUAGACCAUAUGAUGAAAUAGCUGAAGCUGAAGACAAACAAUUAGACAAAAUUUUAUUUGGUGGUUCCACUGCAUUUCUCAAGUGUUUAGAAGAAGCUGAGGAACAGGAUGUGAAACUAUCCACAGAUUUAGAAAAUGCAGAUGCAGCCAGUAGUGAUAGCGAAACGAAGCAUAUGCCUGCAUGGACCGAUGAUGACAAUGAAUUAAAAGUUGGACAAGCGUUGAACGCUCAAAAUAGGACGCUACCUGAAGGAGGAAUAAAUGAUAGAUCGAAUAAGUAUAAAAACUUACUUCAACAUAGGUUCGAAUCAAUUAAUGCUACUCCAAAAUGGGCCAAAUUAGACAGAACAGUAGAAGAUUCAGAUGAAGACGAUGAAAUUUUACAGACAUGUGGAUUCUCGAAGAAACACAAAUCACAAUAUUUACCUCGUUCUGUUCUAGAGUAUAAGAAAAUAAGAGAUUUGAAUUGUGAAACAUAUAGUGAAGGACCUUACAUCAAUGGAAUUGAAUUUUUACAAGAUACUACAGUGGCACUAGUUGCAGGUCAAAGUGGAAUUGCUUCACUUUAUGCAGUAAAUGGCAAGAAGAAUACUAAAAUACAUAGUAUAAAAUUCCAAAAUUUUCCUAUCUUGUGCUCAAAAGUAGUGGAAAAUAAUCAUACGGUAAUUUUUGGAUCUCGACAUUCUUUUAUUCAUUGUUUUGACCUUAUGUCUGCUAAAUCUACAAGAGUUAAUCUUCCCCCUGGAUUAACAACUGCUAAGAAAUUCAAUAUCUCCUCAGACCAAGAUAUACUGGCAAUAGCAGGAAAAUGGGGAGAAAUUCAUUUGCUAUCAACAAGAACAAAGGAAAGGAUUGGUAUUUUGAAGCAGAAUGGUGAUGUUACUGCGCUCUCAUUUGGCUAUGGAAAUAAUUUAUUGUACGCUCAUAGUAGCAUUGGUGAAAUUUCAAUUUUUGAUAUGAAUAUGAGGCAAUUGAAACAUAAAUUCCAAGAUCAAGGAUGUCUAGAAGGUACUACAUUGGCUAUUUCCCCUUCAAAUAGAUUUUUAGCUGCAGGCUCUUCACACGGAGUGGUUAAUGUUUAUGACACCCAUUGUAUAUAUAAAAGUGAAUACCCAGAAUGUGAAAAGGCUCUGAUGAACUUGACUACAAGAAUUUCUUCACUAGCAUUCAAUGCCACAUCGGAAAUAUUAGGAUAUUCAUCAGUGGACAUUCCUAAUUCUGUAAAAUUAUAUAAUGUUGCUUCAGGAGAAAAUUUCAAAAAUUUUCCUGGUUUCCAAAGUAGCCUGGGAAAUGUCAAUACAAUGAAUUUUUCUCCAAAAAGUGGAUUUUUGGCAUUAGGAAACAAUAAGUCUGUUGUUUCUUUGAUAAAAUUAAAUCAUUAUAAAAAUUAUUAAAUAUGUUAUAGAAAAAAUUAUGUUAUGUU